AACACAGCCAGAAUAGUCAUGGAGAGCUCCUCUAUAAUCCAAUUUUUAAAAGUAAAAUGCUGUCUCUUUUCCAUUUCUGAAAUAUUUAGAAACUUUACGUGGCAUAAUAUAUUCAGCUUUGAGAUACAAGUUUCAGGUAUUCUCAAGCCCUCUGCCAUGUGAUUGUAUAUGCUCAACCUUUAAGGUAAAAGGUCAUUUACUUUGUUCUUCUUUAUGUGGUAACCUCCUUAAAGACCCGGGCUCCGUCUGAUUUUGAGGAUGGUGUUAAUUGAAAUUCGAUCUUAUGUCAUUUUCCUAGAUAUAGGCUAUCACAUCACCAAACUGGGUGAAAUAUUUAAGUUGGAACAAGAAGAGAGACCCAUGGGUGGUGAAUAAAGGAAAUGUGAAGGAGAUACUCUCCAAGUGCGUGAGUGAGAACCAGCCAGAUUUGCCUGGGAUAAGGCAGGACCCAAGUGUUCAGUGGGAGAGCUGACACCACUGAAAUGUUUUUCAGGAUUUCCGUUAUAGGCCCUACUAUCCUUCAGUCUUGGUUGAUGUGAAUCCUUCUGUCAUCAUUCUCCCUGUAUCAGUGCCCUCUUUUAUUUAAGUAAUCCUAAAGGUGGGGGGGGGCAUAUUCUCUUCAUUGUCGUAGCCUACAUGUACCGUCAGUCCUUUACAAAUCAACAGUAUUUCAAAACUCUUAUUGUUGCACACUGCAGUUUCUGUUUUACUACAUUCCAUUUUCUAUCUUCCUAGUGCUAAAAGCUUCAUGUUUAUUUUUUACAUCUGCAUUUCCCAUUAUCACUUAUUUCCCACAGCCAUAUUUCAGCAACUUUCAUCAUCUCUUGAGGUUAUUAGCCUAGAAAUCAUUGCUGCUUUCCCCCAGCUCUCCUUUCUGUCAAUUUUUUUUUAAUUUUUGCAAUUGUUUUUAAAGGAACCAUCUCACUCAUCUUAAAUAUUUGACCAAGAUUAUAAUGAAAAAAGAAGUCUCCCUUUCAACUAUUUCUCUUCUCCACUUGCAUCGACUGUGACUAGUUUAUAUGUAAACUACUUCGUGUAAUUCUAUAUUUAUACCAAUAUAUCUAUGUACAUAAAGCCCCUCAUCUUUGUUUUUCACAAAUGUUAGUAUACUAUAAAACAUCUUGCUUGUUACUCACUAUUAUUUCUUAGGAGACAUCCAAUAUUAAUACAUAUUCCUUAUUCCUUCAUAAAACGGUAUGGUAUUUUGUGGUAGGGGAAAUGUCAUAUUUUAACACCAUAUUAAUGAAUAUUUAAGUUGUUUUCAGGUUUGUACAAUUCUGGGAUACCAAAAUUUCAGCUUUGGAUAGAUGUGCAUGCAUCUUUGUAAUAAAUUCCUUUAAGAAGCACCGGGCCAAAGCUUAUUUAUAAAUAUUUGCAUCCACAUAAGAUGAAUCACUUUCCAUUCCCACCAAAAAAUUUAUGAGAGUGCCUAUUUCCUGUUCCUGUCAAACACUGUAUUUCUUCAUUUAGCAGCUCAUUGUGACCUGCUGAGCCCUUUAUCUGUGCCAGGCUCUAUUCUAGAAAAGCAUCAGUGAACAAAAUGGCCAAAAUUUCCUUUCCUCAAGGAGUUUACAUUCUAGUCAGGCUCUGCUUCCUCGGGACUCUGCUUCACCAGGAGAGGAGUAUAGAAGACUGAUUGAUUCUGGGAAUUUUAAGUCAUGGCCCAUCAGUUGAUGGUGUUCAGGGAUGUAGCUAUAGACUUCUCACAAGAGGAGUGGGAGUGCCUGGACUUGGAACAGAGACACUUGUACAGAGAUGUGAUGUUGGAGAACUACAGCAACAUGAUCUUGCUGGGACUUUGCAUUUAUCAGCCAGAUGUGUUUUCUUUACUGGAGAAAGGGAAGGAGCCUUGGAUGGUUUUACAGGAUGAGACAAGAGGACCUUGCCCAGACAUGCAGUCCAGCUGUCAGAGCAAGAAGUUAUCACAAAAACAUGUCACUUUUGAGAGAGAAUUACCUCAAUUGGAAAUUUGUAAAAAACACAACCUUGAAUAUUUAUGUUUUAGGGGUGAUUGGGAAAGCAAAGAUCAGUUUGAAACACAACAGGAAAAUCAGGAAGAAUGUUUUAAGCAGGUUACACUUACCUAUGAAAAAAUGUCCACUUUUAACCAUCACACAACUUUUAAUGUACAUCACAAACAGAAUACAAGAAAGAAACUGAAUGAAUUUAAAGAGUCUCGGAAAGCCUUUCGUUCUGGCUCAGACUGUACUCAACAUCAAUUAAUGCACACUAGAGAGAAAUUUUGUGAAGAUAAGGAAUAUGAGAAGACCUUCCUUUCUGAUUCAGAACUUACUCAGUAUCAGACAGUUCACUCUGCUAAGAAAACAUAUGAAUGUAAAGAAUGUGGGAAGGCAUUUAGUUUGCGUUCAAGCCUUACUGGUCAUAGGAGGAUUCAUACUGGUGAAAAACCUUUUAAAUGUAAGGAAUGUGGGAAGUCCUUUAGAUUUCAUUCACAACUUAGUGUCCAUAAGCGUAUUCAUACUGGUGAGAAGUCUUAUGAAUGUAAGGAAUGUGGGAAGGCCUUUAGUUGUAGCUCAGAUCUUACACGACAUCAAAGAAUUCAUACUGGUGAAAAACCCUAUGAAUGUAAUGAAUGUAGGAAGGCAUUUAGUCAGCGAUCACAUCUUACUAAACAUCAGAGAAUUCACACUGGUGAAAAACCUUAUGAGUGUAAGGAGUGUGGAAAAGCUUUUACUCGUGGCUCACACCUAACUCAACAUCAGAGAACUCAUACUAGUGAGAAAUCUCAUGAAUGUAAGGAAUGUGGAAAAGCCUUUAUUCGUGGUUCAAAUCUUGCUCAACAUCAGAAUGUUCAUGUUGGUAGGAAACCCUAUGAAUGUGAGAAAUGUGGAAAAGCCUAUAUCUGGAGUUCACAUCUUGCUCGACAUCAACGAAUUCAUACUGGUAGGAAACCUUAUGAAUGUAAGCAAUGUGGGAAGACAUUUAUUUGGGCCUCAUACCUUGCUCAACAUGAGAAAAUUCAUAAUGAGAGGAAACUCUAUGAAUGUAAGGAAUGUAGAAAGACCUUUCUUCAUGGCUCAGAGUUUAAUCGACAUCAAAAAAUUCAUACUGGUGAGAGAAACUAUGAAUGUAAGGAAUGUGGAAAGACCUUUUAUCGUGGUUCAGAACUUAAUCGACACCAGAAAAUCCAUACUGGAAAGAGGCCAUAUGAAUGUGAAGAAUGUGGUAAAGCCUUUCUCUGGGGUUCACAACUUACUCGACAUCAGAGAAUACAUACUGGUGAGGAACCUUAUGUAUGUAAAGAAUGUGGGAAAUCUUUUAUUUGGGGUUCACAACUUACACGACAUAAGAAAAUUCAUACUGAUGCAGAAUCCUAUGAAUGUAAGGAAAGUAACCAGAUCUUUAAUGACCAUCCAUAUUUUCCUGAACAGAAAAUUCACAAUUGUGAGAAUCUCUAUCAAUGGAAAGACUAUGGGAACACAUUUAGUCAGGACUCAGACUUUCCUCAGCACCAGGAUAUUUACAGUUUUGAGAAAUCCUAUGAAUAUAAAAAUUUUGAGACCUCAUUUUCUCCAAGCUCUCACUUUAUUUCACUCUUAUGAUAUAAAAAUAUAGGAAAGCCUUUAUUCACAACUCAUUGAUUGAUGUCAGUUAAUCCCUUCUUUUGAGAACCCCCACAAGUGUAAGUAAUAUUGGAAAACCCUUUAAUGGAGCACCUAACACUGAAUAGCAGACAAUUCAAAUGCAAUCUGUUAUUAAUACAGGAAAGCAUUUACUUAUGGUUUUCCAUUUGGAAUAUCAGAGUAAAACCCUAUGAAUAAGAUGACACUGUGAAUCUCUUUUGAAUCAUUCUUAAAGUAUUCUCUACAUCACUGAUAAUAUUCUGCAUAGAGUCUAAAUCUAACUCAUGUAGGGAAACCUUCUAUCUCUAUUUAAAUCUUGUUACACUUCCAUAAAAUUAUACCAAAGUUGAAUUUCUGUUACAUAAUUAAUCUUGGAAAGCCUUGAGCUUUGUCAUACAAUUUAUAUGGUAUGCCUUAGUUCCAAAACAUCUUAUUGGUAUUCUUUGGAUAGUAACUCAAAUCUAUGUCUGUUCACUUACUUAUUUGAUUAUAGGGUUAAAUGAGCUUGAUGACUUAAAUGACGUCAUGACCAUCAUGAAUAUUAGUAUUAGACCAUUUCUAUGACAGAAAGACCUUAAUAAUAUAAUGAAUAUAGACAAA